UCAACAACGCUAUUCUGAAUAUCCAAAAUAUAAAACGCACAGGCGCACGUUAUUCUUUUAGAUACAUUCUUCAAUACGAGUGAGGUUAUUCACGUGGCAAACAAAAGAAUCCCUGUCGACUACGUCGUUUGUUCGCAAUUCGACAUAAAACUCGAUGAUGUUGAUGGAAUCGGGCUAAAUUAUCAUUCAUAUUGCUUUGAAAUCACUUCGAAUUUGCAUCACUAAAAUCUUAAUUAUGGAUGUUCGUUUGGACUUGACACAACGGUCCAUGUCACCUCAAGGUUCUUCAUUCAAUGAAGUAUGGCCUCAGAUCGAACCUUUGGUCAAAAAAAUUUUUACAAAUGAUACUUUAAGCAAAUCUGAUUGGCAAGAAAUCUUCUGGAAAGUUCAUCUGACUUGUAUGUGGGAUCCUCAUUCUGCUUACCAGCUUCAACAACGAUUACGUGAACUUUUCAGUUUUUACAUUAAUCGCGAACAACAGUUCAUAUUUUCAAAUGCACAAACAGAUUUAUCCUUGAUGAAAGCAUACAUGGUCGCUUGGAAACGAUUUAUGUUCUACUAUACGUAUGUUCCAUUACCUUUCGCUCCUCUUGAGAAACUAGUCUUCAAUCGUGGAGGUCCUAUUGGUGAUAACCAUCCUAAGUCCGAAGAGACUGACAACUUUCUUCGUCUGUCCAUGAUGGAAAUGUGGGUGUUACACAUUUUUAGUCGAGUAUCCGAUCAACUGGUGCAUGGAGCAAUGUUACUAGUCGAUGCCGAACGUAAAAACGUACACAGCGAUCCUCAACUGAUUGUUGGCGUUAAAGAAUCUUGUGUUAAUCUUUGCAAAUAUUUGCCCAACCGUCAUUAUAUUUAUCGAAACAAUUUUGAAAGCGUAUAUCUUGCUUCGAUCGAAAGUUUUUAUCAGGCCAAAGGUCAAGAGUAUUACAAUGAACAUGGUGUUCUUAACUAUAUGAAAUGGGUAGACCAGAAAAUCAAAGAAGAAAUUGAUCGAGCCAAUCGCUACCUAGAACCUCAUUCACUAAGCAAAGUGAUUGGCUCUUGUGUAAACACACUGGUCGCUCGAUACAAAGACAUGUUGGCCGAUAAAUUCUUAGAUCUCAUCAAAUGUCGUGAUAUCAUUAGCUUGAAUCUUAUGUUCACUUUGCUCGAUCGGGUUAAUAACGGUAUCGAUCCGUUGCUCGAAAAAUUCGAAAAAUACAUGACUCACAUGGGCAUGGAGAACCUACGACUCGAAGCGAUGACCAUCGCUCAAGAUUCGGAAAAAUACAUUGACAAUCUGCUCAAAUUGUUUAACAUGGCCACAGCGCUCAUUCAGGAAGCAUUCAAUUCCGAUUCCAGAUUUCUCACUACACGUGAUAUGUCGAUUAACAUGCUCAUCAAUGACAAAACAAUUUUCGCCUUAGCUUUUGCCCUUAAACAAACUAAUAACGGCCAAACCAAUGAUUCAAAUGCUACAGAUGAGAAUUUAUCAGUAAAUAAUACUACCACAGUAUGCAACCAGAAUCAAAAAAAAUGGUUCGAAUCACGUAAUGCCGAACUGUUUGCUAACUAUUGUGACAUUCUACUUCGUCGGACCAACGUAUCGCGACAUUUGUCACCCGAACAAAUCGAAUCAAAAUUGAAGAAUUUAAUAUUGCUACUGAAAUACUUGCAAGACAAGGACGUAUAUAUGAAGUUCUACAAAGCUCAUUUAACCCGUCGUCUUAUUCUGGAUGUGUCGAUUGAUUUGGAUAAAGAAGAGAUGAUGGUUAACUGGCUUCGUGAGGUGGGAAUGCCAGCCGAUUACGUCAACAAAAUCAGUCGCAUGUUUCAGGAUCUCAAAGUAUCUGAGGAUUUUAAUCGUCAGUAUAAACUUUGCUGCGACAAACAAGUUGGAGAUCUGAUAAAUGUUAAAAUACUCAAUUCAUCCACAUGGUCCAGAAAUAUGGAAAAAGUGAACGUAUCGUUGCCUUCAGAAAUCGAAGAACUAAUGCCCAAGAUCGAAAAUUUUUAUAAGAACAAACACAACGGACGUAAUCUAUUCUGGCAUCAUCAGUUUAGCUAUGGAAUUGUCACUUUUCAUUCAGACAAUGGAUCCUAUGAUCUUGAUGUCACUUCAUAUCAAGCAGCCGUUCUGUUCGCUUGGAAUGAUAGACCCGCAGAUUCUAUUAGCCUUGAAACACUCGUCCUUUCUACUCAACUACCAAACGUAGAGCUACGCAAAACUUUAUGGUCCCUAGUCUCAAAUUCCAAACUUAAGACGCAGUUGUUGCUUGUUGAUUAUCAUGACGGUAAAUCAGGAAAAGCCAUUCAAGCGAUAAAGAGCUUCAAAGAUUUUCGUGAUGAUAGCCGAUUCAUAUUGAACCUCAAAUUUUCCUUAUAUGGAAAAACCGGUCGCAUGAUGAAACGAGGACGAUUCAAUCUGAUUGGACGACUCCAAUUACAACCAGAAAAGUUCCGAGAAGAAGAAGCUGAAAGUAUUAUCAAGUUGCGUAUAUUACGUACACAAGAAGCGAUCAUGAAAAUAAUGAAGAUGCGUAAAACAACCACCUACACUGCAUUACAUCUGGAAUUGACUCAUGUCCUGAAAGAAAUGUUUGUACCAAGUAAACAAUUAAUUAAGGAUCAGUUGGAAUGGCUCAUUGAAAACGAAUACAUUCGUCGUGAUCCAAACGAUCAUAAUUCGCUAACAUACUGUUAAAACAGAAUAUUGAUAUAGUUGUAAAUAGCAAUUUUAAUGUAACUAAUUUUGAAAUAAAUAUACAUGAGACAUGGUUU